AUGACGUGUGAUAAAUCGUUCACUCAAAGGAGUCAUCUAACAGCAUACCAUCGAACACCCACGGAAGACCAGUGUGACGUUUGUGACAACUCGUUCACUGAGAAAAGUAAUCUAACAACACACCAUCAAAGGUACACGGAAGAGAAGCCAUACCAGUGUGAAGUUUGUGGCAAAUCGUUUACUCAAAACCAUACACUGAUAGAUCACCGUCGAACGCACACGGGAGAAAAACCAUACCAGUGUGACGUUUGUGGUACAUCGUUUUCUCAAAGCAAUAACCUGAAAGUUCAUCAACGAACUCACACGGAAGAAAAUCCAUAUCAGUGUAACGUUUGUGGAAAAUCGUUUUCUCAAAGCAAUAAACUGAUAGAUAGAACUGAUAGAUCAUCAGCGAACGCUCACGGGAGAGAAGUCAUAAGAGUAUAA